AACACAUCACGCAGUAUCAUGUGAGGAUGAGGUCUAUGCCGUGUCAUCACACCUGCAUCUGUUUGUAAACAUCAUUUUCAUGCCCAUUAUUAAUAUCAAAUGUCAGGAAACGGUUUCCAGUUAACGUGUAUUUGGUCAAGAUAAUAUCUCUAGCACAGUUAUGGCAUUGGCAUCAGAAAGUUCCGAGACCCAGGUUUUGUUUGAACAAGGAGGCGUAUUUAUCCACACAACUCAGGAUGAGGCUGGCGAUGUCCUACUUGGAGGAAAGAUCCAAGUAACCAGAAAGAGCGAUGGAGCCUAUGUUGAGUGGAACCCAAUCAGGGACAUGGAGAAUUCCCAAAUGGUGAAACCGGACACAGACUGGACAGUGGUCAACACGGUCAGCUACCAGAGAGAAAACAGUCAGACCACAGAGAGUGUAACCGUGGCCCAGCCCAGCCGACGCAGCCGCUAUGCUAUGAGUUUCCCGCUGGUUGACACCAAGAAGAUCCGACGGUCUAAGCCCGGCCUGGGCUGGUCGUACCUCAUGUUUAUCCUAAAGGAUAGCGUCUCUCUCCCCCCGUUGCACUUCCACGAGGGCGGCAGUCCAGCACUGAUAAGAGAGCUGAACAAACACGUCACCAUCUCCACGUGUUUGACAGAUUCUUGCCUACUGAUUGUCCUACCUCACAACACUGACGCUCUCUCACAAUCCUUCACAGAGCUCAAGAUCAUGGGAGAAACCUCGGCCAAUAAGUUCUUCAAGGACCCAUACACGAUAACCUUGGGCGGGUUCUCCAAGGUCACCAACUUCCUCCGUGAUGCUGUCAUGACGCCGGCAGCCAACCGUCCAAUCGAUGAGUAUGCAGAGCUCAUGUCCGACCUUCCCAGCAUCUUCUCCGUCAAUUCACAGGCCGAGCAGAGUUACGAGAUGGUGGUAACAGAGAGUCCACUGGGACCCAGGCCAGACGUGGAGAGACGUUCCCCUCUGACGGAAGCUGAGUGGGCCAGCCAUCUUGACAAGGAAGGAAGAGUCACCGAUGUCGCAGAGCUACAGAGGAAGAUUUUCAGAGGGGGUUUGGUCCCAUCCCUGAGGAGAGAAGUCUGGAAGUUUCUGCUCAAGUAUUACCCCUGGAACUCCACCAGCAAAGAGAGGACAGCUCUCAGGAAACUCAAGGAGGAUGAAUAUUUCUGUAUGAAGGCUCAAUGGAAGACGGUCACUCCUCAGCAAGAGAAGAGAUUCAGUAAACACAGAGACAACAAGUGCAUCAUAGGUAUGUCCAUCACAGAAAAAGAUGUGAUUCGCACGGACAGGACACAUCCGUUCUAUAUGGGGGAACACAACCCACACAUUGAAGUGCUGCAUGAUAUUCUCAUGACGUAUUGCCAGUACAACAUGGAUCUUGGUUAUGUUCAAGGCAUGAGUGAUCUGCUGGCUCCUAUUCUCGUGGUCAUGGAGAGGGAAGUGGAUGCAUUCUGGUGCCUAGUCGGCUUCUUGGAUGACCACGGACUGGUCAUGAACUUUGACAUGGAGCAGGAAGGCAUGAGGAAUCAACUGAUGCAGCUGAACAAUAUGAUGCAGAUUGUUGAUCCAAAGCUCUACGGCUAUCUCCAAUCCAAAGAAUGCAGCAAUCUUUAUUUCUGCUUCCGAUGGCUCCUCAUCUGGUUCAAGAGAGAGUUCACCAUGGAUAACAUCAGCAGAAUAUGGGAGAUUAUGUGGACAGGUCUCCCGUGCAAGAACUUCCACUUCCUGAUGUGUCUGGCCAUUCUGGACGGUGAGAGGGAUCUUCUAGAAAAGGAAAACUUUGACUUCAGCGAUAUCUUAAAGCACGUUAAUGAGCUGUCCUGCAGCAUCGACGCAGACAAGAUCCUCCAGACAGCGGAAGCCAUCUACCUACAGCUGGUGGAUUACCCAGAACUCCCUGACACCAUCCGAGAAGUGAUCGGUCUCAGCUCGGAGGAGAACGGUCUCACAGAGAAUGGCUCCCAUGCCUCAGAGAGCAGCAUUGAGGUGCUUGCUGACCCCUCGGAGUAGAGUGGGGGACGAGGUGGGCUGUAUGUUAGUCCUGAUGUUUGUCUGUAUUUAAUCAAUUGCCUAUGAAGCUGGCUUUCAUAUGUGACCCUUGUUUGGGUGGUCUCCCCCAACUCUCCCUUUGUAACCAUUGAGGGGGUACUUGCGCACGGAGUCCAUCUGCUCCGCCUGUCAUCAUGAGAAACCCUGAGAUGGUCAGACCAUACUCGUAAACAAGUUGUAAAAAAAAAAAAAAAAUUGUGACACAAAACAAGAUAAUAUUGCUUAUCAAUUAGCCAUAAAAAUCAUGUUAUUUACAAAAUACAUUUAAGAAUUAUCAUACAGAAUUGCUUCAUUGCUGUAAUCAAUACAAUUACAAGGUAAAAAUUAAUGAAAUUAAUAGCAAAGUUUGAAACAGCAUUGAUUUUGUUUAAAAUUUUAUAUAUUUUAUGUUCCUCAUUGAUCCUGCAGAAAUUCUUUUCUGAUGGCAAAAUUGUACAAGUUACAGACUAAGUUAUCAAGAAAACAGCAGUAUCCCUAAUAGGUUCAACGUGUUGGUAGGCUGUCUGUAAAACGCUUGUAAUAUGGAAUGUACAGAAUUAUCGCUUGAAUAUUUCCAGCAUAUUCAUUGUGCCAAAGAUAUAGGGCCUAUGUAACUAAUUGUCUAAUUUUCAGUUAUUUAUUUAUUUCCUUUCUUUGUGAUGGCCUAUCGUUCGCUAUACUAUAGUCCUUUUUUGGGGGGCAAGAUGGCCAACGUUUUUAACGGUGUCAUGAAAAAGAAGAAUGCAAGGGACGGAAUCGACUGAAAUAGAAAAGUAUAUUUCAGCCUUUUUGUCAUGCUGUCGUUUUAUUCCUGAGUAUAAAAAACAUUUUCUUUAUAUUCAUUUUGAAAUAAAAAUUCAGCUAUAGCAUAAUUUCACUUACAAAUGGGAGGCCAAAAAGGGCACCAGGCACCCAUUCAAAUGGCUGGAUACUAGUGAUAAUGAGCAGCUUUGUAAUGAUUAUUCUGAUCACAAAAAUUGCAAGCAGUCAGGGAUCUAGACUCUUGCUUCUGUUUCUCACAAUCAGGAUCCAAGUUGCAUGUUUUUUGUCACGUGGCGGUAAUCUUACAAAACGAAGGUUACAUGAACUCAGUAUGAACAUGAAUAUGCACACAUCUGUAUUUGCAUACCUGAUGUAGAUAAUGAAUAUGCAUAUGUGUACUGCAUCAUUGAUGCAGUGCUUGAUAAUAUCCAUAUCAUGAACCACACAAUGUAAGUUUUUUUUGUAAAAAGUAUAGUUUUGUAAAGAUAUGCAGAAAUAAGCUUAGGCUCAGUGUAACAGGGAACAAUGAUUUUAUAUAAAAUCUAAGAUUAAAUAAAUUGUAACAUUGUAAGGCAAUGAAA